AAGAAAACCGUUUUCAAACAGCUGUGAACUUGUACACAGGAACAGAAAGAGUACACCGUUGACGAGUUUAAGUUCGAAUUUGAAAUACCAUGGCUCGUACCAAACAGACUGCCCGGAAAUCCACUGGAGGCAAAGCUCCCCGAAAACAAUUGGCUACUAAGGCAGCAAGAAAAAGCGCUCCCUCUACCGGUGGCGUCAAAAAACCACAUCGAUACAGGCCGGGAACUGUUGCCCUGAGAGAGAUUCGUCGCUACCAGAAGUCAACAGAGCUGCUGAUCCGGAAGUUACCCUUUCAGCGUCUGGUCAGAGAGAUUGCGCAAGACUUCAAGACUGACCUACGCUUCCAGAGUGCAGCCAUCGGCGCUCUACAGGAGGCAAGUGAGGCUUACCUUGUGGGUCUGUUUGAAGACACUAACCUGUGUGCUAUCCACGCUAAAAGGGUCACAAUCAUGCCCAAGGACAUUCAGCUGGCACGACGAAUCCGAGGAGAGAGAGCAUAGUGUAAUUUAAGCAUAACCUCGUUACCUCUUCCUCAUUAAGAUUUGUUUUUUCUUUUUUUUUCAAAUGGGAACAUUCAAGGCUAUGGGUUCAUGAGGAGAGCGCAACAUUUUCUAAGUCAUUGUAGCCUCAAGGUUUUUAAAAUCAUGUAUUGGAAGCAUUGUAGGGUAGCUGUAGUUUUCAUGCUGUAGUGUGGUAUUUAUCAAGAAGCUUAUUUUUACGUUCUGUUUAUUGGAUUGUAAAUAAACUUUUUUUUCUUUUUUUAUACACUAA